ACCAACCAGCGACAUGCGGCGUGCGUCCGCCCUGGUCUCUGCCGUCUGCCUGACCUACAUAGCUGUGGUCAGCGUGAUACAACUCAGCCUCCUGACCACGCCCACGCGCACCGACAAUCGCUACUUGGCAAUAGAGGACGCCAGCGGCAAGACGACAGCACCGCCGGCGCCAAACAGCCGCCACGACGGCGAGAAGUUUAAAAUAAACAGCGGCGGUCGGGAGAAUGUGGAGGAGGAGAAAGACAGGCCGGGCCACGCCCUAAACACCGCGGCGGCGCCGAGACGGCGAUAUGACUCCGCGAAACAAUUCAGCGACGCGGAUGUUACUUCAGCGGCUUCAGAUAUGAGACACGGCGGGUCUAUCGACUCGGUGUUGUUGCGGAAACUCAGCGAAAACAAGCGGCCGUCAGCCGAGUCCCCCGCCUUUUCUACCGGCGGCUCUGAUCUCUACCAGGUGGACAACCCAGCUGCUGUCGCACCACCUGGCGGAACGCCUUACGUCGUGAAUCCAGGCCACCCGCCACCCGCCCACGCCGACACAGAUGACGUCGUGGCGGCGUCGUAUAUUCGCGAGAGCCGCGUCAUCUUCCGGCCGCUCAGCGACCUGCACGUGUACGCCGCCUACCUCGACGACCGCCUCGCGCCGCAGAUCUACGUCAGGAUCUUCGCACUCCGCCCCAGCGGCAACGACACGCCGGCGGUGGUUUGCCGCUUUCCCACCAAAGCGGCGGGCGGCGCUACUCAAGAAGAAGAGGAAGAAGACGGUGAAGAAGGCGGCGGCGGAAGAGCGCGAGGUCGCCGCGUGAUCAGCGUGACGGCGCGGGCCUACGAGAUGUGCGAAAACCACGGCAAGAAAUACGGCGGCUGGAUCUACUCCUGCCUGCUGCCGCCGCCUGGCGUGAUCCGCACUCCGCCCGCCGCCGUCACCAUCGCCACCGUCUCGGACAGUGGUCAGACGUAUGACGUCAUCCAGGCCAUGCCUCUAAAGUCUCUCACACCCCAGAACAAUACGACAGAAUCAAAUGAAUACCAAACUGCGUUUCCCUGGGAUUCUUCGGACAAAAACCGCCGUGAUUCUUUGAAGAAAAACCUGGAUUUUUCAGACAAAAAUAUUCCUGCCGGGUUCAGAGGGCGGCAGAAAAUAACACGAGACGCCCCAAACACACAGCUCCAACCACCGGUGAGCAGUCGCGACGAGAGGACGUUCCAGAACAACUCGUCCAACUUUUCCCCACCUGCGGGACACACAGCCAAUACCACCACCACCAAUAACAAUAACAGCAGCAACAACGACAACAACUUUCACAACAACAACAACUUUAACAACAACAACAACGCUACAAUAGGAGUGUGCGUCCCGCCCUUGUUCGGAGACAUCAGCCUACAACGCAUCGUCAACUUCCUAGAAAUGUGCCGCCUUCUCCAAGCCUCCCGCGUCUUCUUAUACAUCCACGACCUGCCCAAAGACCUGGUCGUCUUCCUCAGGCACUUCGCCUCCAACCACGCCCACUUUCUCUCCCUCGUCCAAUGGGAACUCCCAAAACUGCCGGAGCUCUGGCUCGACCAAUCGCCAUCUCUCGCCAGCCAGAUGCUGUGGAACCGGGGCCAACUGCUCGCGGUGCAGCACUGCCUCUACCAGCACAUGCCCGCGUUUGAUUGGCUGCUAUUUAUGGAUACUGACGAGAUGCUCGUCCCGCACGCAGCGGCCUCGUGGCCCGACCUCGUGCGGCAAGUCCUCGCCGACGCACAGCCGCAAGUCGCCCACGCAGACUCCGUGGCCGCCAUCUCCUUCCAGAGCGCGUUCUUCCAACAGGACUUCCAGACCCUGGUGACCAACUCCAUUGACUAUUUCCAGUACCUUCACCGCACGCGAGACACGAGCUCACGGCGAUCCAAGCUCAUGGUGCGGCCGAGCAGGGCGUUCGAGGUGGGCAUCCACCACCUGAGCAAACCGAUCGCCGAGCCGUUCCGUUCCGUGGCCGCGCCGGUGUCGUCCGCUCUGCUGCACCACUACCGGAAGUGCGUCACGGGGAGUGUGCAAGGGGAAGGGGAGCGCAUCCAGUGCGAGAUUCUCGUCAAGGACGUCGCCAUUUUGAAAUACGAGCACGAGCUGACGGUGCGGAGCAGGACGGUGCUGCAGGACGCGAUGGAGUUCUUUGCGGGGCGCAGCUAGCACACAUAAUAUUCCGCGUGACACACACACAUGACGAACACACACAUACACACACAUACACACACAUACACACACA